CUCUGUCUGCAGCUGCAGAGAAAGGCUCCCAAGGCAGAGAUCUCUUUCGAGUGCAAUUGGAAUUCAAGGCUUCUUCUCCGGGGAUCUCUUUCCGGAGAAUGGACAAAUCGGGAAACGCCAUGAUGAGCUUAAUCUACAGUGUCGGAUGGCUGCUGUUAUCUACUGCUGCCUCGUAAGACUUCCUCUGCGUGUUUUGGUGAGACAACUCUGGCGUUGAUGGCUGGAGAACAAAGAACGCAUGCUGCCCUCGAGAUCCGAUCAGCGUGCCUUGCACGUGCGAGUCAUGGAAUUCUCAUAGGAUGAUGACGAUGACGAUGAUGAUGAUGAUGAUGUUCGUGGCUCCAAUUGUGGGUCCCACGUGUUCGACCAUGAACGUGAUGCAGCCACGCGGGAUGAGGAAGUUUUGGGGAUCGAUCUUUGGUAAACGCGUGACUGCGACUCCCAGCUUUUAGGGGGCUUUAAUGGGGGAGAAAUAAAAAGGACUAAAAAAGAAAGAUACGUGUUGUCAUCGCCCCAAGUCCCCACCUCGGCCAUCGACCUCACGUUUUCUUCUUUCUCUCCAGCGAACAGGGGAACGGAGAGCCCCCAGUCUUUCCCACCACCAAGGCGGAGCACAAUGGCGACCUACGGCGGCGUCCUCCGGCGCUCCGCGGCCGUCGUGGAGCGCGCCCGCGACAGCGUUCGCUUGACCCGCAAGGCCCUGGCCCGCUUCGCCCGCCCACAGUCCUUCGCGGCCCCGCCCCACGCCGAGGCCGCCGCCGUCCGAGCCGUCCGCAACCUCCGCUCCUUCCGCCUCCACUACGCCCUCCUCCUCUGGGUCCUCCUCCUCGCCUCCCUCUUCCCCCGCCACCGCGCCACCAUGCUCUUCCUCAUGGCCGCCUCCAAGCUCGCUCUCCUCUACGGCGCCCUCCUCAAGGCCUUCCCCAAUUCCGCCCUCCUCCGCCGGAUCUUGGACCGCAGGAUAUCCGCCGCGCUCGCGCUGACCGUGAUCUGCGCCGAGCUCGUGAUGACGGGGGCCGUGCCGCAGUUCCUGCUCGCCAUGGGCAUCGGCGUGCCGCUCGUGCUGUUCCACGCCCUGUUCCGCGUGCGGGACGAUCUGACGGCCAGCGGCGAGGAGACGGCUGCCGGAACCGGUGGCGAUCCGAGGCCGAUCUCGGAGAAGAAGGGAGAUCUCGAAAUGGGAUCUCGGUAACAAUAUCCUUAAUUUUUUUGUACUCUUUUAACUCUUUUUAUCCUUUCCCUUUUCUUAAUUAAUCUCAUUCUACUUCUACUUUCUUCAAUUCAUCGAUCUCUUUUCAUCUUACUAAAUGGAACUCGCGAUGUAUACUGAUUGGAGGAAAUGUAGCGAUUGGAGAUGGGUUGUGAUCA